AUGGUUGGCGUCCUAAUGAGCUCAGUUUUUGCCUCAGCAAAGAGGCUCCCAUAUGUUUUGAAGCAUAAUAACAGACUUGCACUUGUUACUGCUAGAAACAUUGUAACCUCGAGGCGUCUGUUAAAUGAAAAAAAACCUCAGGAUGGCAAUAAGUCACAAUCCAUCCUUGAUGAUGAUUUGUUGUAUAAGGCUGGCGUUGAAAUUGGAGAAAACGCUGGCGAAAAGACCUCAUCUGAAGAUUCCAGCAGUUCUAGCAAUAAAAAAAGAAGACAUCGUAAGACUUCUACAGAAAUUAAGAGAGAAAGAUAUGCCAAUUUUUUCUAUAUAUUUUCUUUAUCGGGUAUUAUGGGAACUGGUCUCUAUAUGUCUAGAAACUGGGACGAGAGUGAACCUGAAAGUAUGAGAAAUGGGGUUGACAACGGUUACACCCCAGGGCUUAUGUUUAGAAGAUUUAAAACCAGAUUUGACUCCAUUUUCACAUUUUUCCAAGAACCUCCCUUCCCCGAUUUGCUUCCCCCUCCACCUCCGCCUCCAUACCAAAGACCAUUAACUUUAGUGCUUCCCUUAGAGGACUUUUUAGUCCACUCUGAAUGGAGUCAAAAGCAUGGCUGGAGAACUGCUAAGAGACCAGGUGCAGACUACUUUUUGGGUUAUAUUUCUCAAUAUUACGAAGUGGUGCUUUUCUCUUCUAACUACAUGAUGAAUGCAGAAAAGAUUGCUGAAAAACUGGACCCUAUUCAUGCUUUUGUUACUUACAAUUUGUUCAAGGAGCACUGUCUAUACAAGGACGGUGUUCAUAUUAAGGAUCUUUCCCAUUUAAACAGAGAUCUAGGAAAGACUAUCAUUAUUGACACCGAUCCUAAUGCAUUCAAGUUGCAACCUGAAAACGCUAUUCAGGCCAAGCCAUGGAAAGGCACAGCUGACGAUGGGCUCCUACAGUAUAUUCCAUUCUUAGAAUACUUAGUUACACAGCAAACUAACGAUGUUAGACCCAUUCUGGCAAGUUUCAAGGAUAGAGAGCACAUUCCAGAAGAGUUCGAUAGGCGUGUAAAAAAAUUAAGACAGAAGUUUGAGCGUGAACAAAAGGCAGCCAUGCAAGGCUGGUUCAUGAAGCUACUAGGUAUCGGUGUUACGGGAAGACCUUCCAAGUUUCCACUUGAUAUCAUAAGGGAAGAGGGUGAAAAGAACUAUGUUCGUUUCAUGAAAAUCAUUGAAGAAGAGAAAGAGAAAUUAAAGUUGCAACAAGCCGCCAUGGGAUCUCAAACUUUUACCUUAAAGGACUAUGUUGAGGGUAACAUCCCAUCUCCAGAAGAGCAGAUGAAGAUACAAUUACAGAAGCAAAAGGAAUUUGAAGAGAUGUAUGAAAAGCAAAAGUUGGAAAAACAUAAGGUAGAGAACGAAAAAUAG